AUGACAGCCACAGACGAUGAAGCAUCUGAUGGGUCUGUAUGGGGCGAAGGCCAUGGCGGCAGCGGCAGCAGCACGAGGACAGCAGCAGCAGCAGCAGCAGCAGGAGAGUUAGCCCCCCUUAUUUCAAGACCAGCAGCAGCAGCAGCAGCAGCAGCAGCAGAUAACUCACAGAGACGCACAACAACAACAGCUCGCGCAACACAGGAGCCGAUGCAGGGAUCGUCUGGUGAAGGACAGCAGCAGCAGCAGCAGCAGCAGCAGCAGCAGCAGCAGCAGCGUGCAUACAUAAUACAGCAGCAACGACAGCUACGUCAGCAGUUGCGUCAGUUAGAGUUACAGGAGCAGCAGUUGCUGCUGCAGCAGCAGCUAGAGGAGCAGCAGCAGCAGCAGCAGCAAGAAGAAGAGGACGGAGACGAACAGGCAGGAUUCUUAAUGGGCUCAUUAGUUGCUCCUUUCUUUAGAGGAUCCAGCAGCACGGGUGGAGCACAGAGCAGCAGCAUCAGCAGCAGCAGCUGCAGCGGUAGCAGCAGCAGCAGCAGCAGCAGCAGCAGCACAUUGAGACAACGUGCUGCUGAGUCAUUCCUUAACAGCAGACCUCUACGCAACACAGAAAACACAACAACAACCCAACAGCAGCAGCAGAGACGUCGCCAACAGCAGCAGCAGCAGCAGCAGCAACAACAACAACAGCAACAACAACAACAGCAGCAUAGCAGCAGCAGCAGCAGCAGCAGCAGCAAUAGGAAGAGGCAGAAACCCUUAGCACGUAAUGCUCAUUCAAUGGCGGCAUUAGAUGAUCGUCUUUUUCUUUAUGGAGGACAUAGCGGUACUAAACAUCUAACAGAUCUACAUAUCUUUGAUACAAAUACACUUACUUGGACUAAGGUAAUCUAA